GUAUGUUCAUACUUUUCUAUGUUGUCUGUAAAACAUGGCACUGCACGGGAGAAUCUUGAGAUUCAGUUUGGCUGUGAAUCGUAAUUUACUCAGAACAACUGUUGUCUGCAACAAACGGCACUUGUCGGAAAAGGCGUCUUCCAGUCCGAAAGCAACAGUCCCUGCCGAAACAAUCGAUCAUGUUCUGUACACACAGGAACACUUUGCAUUAAAGGCAUCUUUGAGAAAGAUCAUUGAUCAAGAGAUCAACCCUUACGUAGACAAAUGGGAAGAAGAAGGGCAAUUUCCUGCUCAUAAGAUCUUCAAGAUCCUGGGUAAUGCAGGAUUUCUGGGAGUCAACAAGCCCAUGGAGUAUGGAGGUUUGGGGCUAGACUUCAGCUACAGUGUGGCAGUUGCUGAAGAACUGGGGAACAUCAACUGUGGUGGAAUUCCCAUGGCCAUCGGAGUUCAGAGUGACAUGGCAACACCUGCACUCGCAAGGUUUGGCUCUGCAGAACUCAAGAGCGAGUUCCUGCUGCCCACCAUAAUGGGCGACAAAGUGGCCUGCCUAGGGGUGAGCGAAACGGGAGCUGGCUCUGAUGUUGCAAGCAUAAAGACAAAUGCUGUGCACAAAGGAGAUGAGUAUGUCAUUAAUGGGGGAAAGAUGUGGACCACAAAUGGCACACAAGCUGACUGGAUGUGCCUCCUGGCCAACACCAGCAAUGGCCCUCCACACAAGAACAAAUCCCUAAUCUGCUUACCCAUGAAUCUACCUGGCGUUCAUAUUGCACGCAAGAUAGAUAAAAUGGGGAUGCGCUCCUCGGAUACAGCAGAGGUGUUUUUCGAUGAUGUGCGGGUGCCCUGUAAGAAUGUCAUAGGGCAGGAGGGAAUGGGCUUCACGUACCAGAUGCUGCAAUUCCAGGAGGAGCGACUCUGGGGAGUGGCCAACAUCCUAACGAUGAUGGAGAAAGUUGUCCAAGAGACCAUUAAUUACACCAGACAGAGGAAGAUCUUCAAUCAGGCAGUUCUGUACCACCAGGCAGUUCACUUCAGGCUAGCCGAGCUCGAGACAGAGAUUGAGCUGUUGCGCUCCCUUCUGCAUCGCGCCACCGCGCUGUACAUUAAAGGAAAUGAUGUAACUAAGUUGGCAUCGAUGGCUAAGCUGAAGGCCGGACGACUGGCUCGAGAGCUUGGCGACAGCUGCCUGCAGUACUGGGGUGGCAUGGGCUUUACCAGCGAUGUCCUAGUCAGCAGGUUCUAUAGGGACUCCAGAUUGAUGUCCAUUGGUGCAGGAGCUGACGAGGUCAUGCUGUCAAUCAUAUGCAAGUACAUGGACACUCUACCCAAGAAAUGACUUCACCAUUAAUUAUUUUCAGAAUGAAUUAAUUUUGAAAAACAAAGUGCACUUAAAAGGAGCUUUUGAAACUUCUCUAAAAUUAAAUGUUUCAAGAAGGUAUCAGUUCUAAAAGGAUUUCUAACAGAUUUUAGAUGGCCGAUAUUUAACUUGCAGCCAAUACAUUGUUAUUGUAGUCCUCUUCAAAACAAUACAUCUUUUUGCCUUAAUGGAGACUUAGUUGAUUACCUGCUUUUGGAAAAGUUUAUGUAUAAACUGUAAAAUAGAAACAUGUAAAUUCUGAAUAUAGCUAUACAUGUAUAAUUUUGUCUAUGCAUGAAAAACAUUGAACAGGUUUCAUCAUUCUCAACAAGUGUUAGUUACUCAUGCAAACCACAAAUGGAUUUUAAUAAAUGAAUGAAAACAGGA